UUGACAACACGUUUUAAUUUUUUGGGGUGUUUAAUCAUCUGUCAAACUCAUAUUGAUGGUGUUUAUUUUUGUUGUAUGUUUUAAAAUCAUUAAUGAAAUACAAUACGAACCAUGAAGAUAUCAACCCGUCUAUCCCUUUGAUCGAAGAACCCCGGAGUAGAGUAACUUUCGACAAUGACCUUUUUUUUGCCUCCUGGUUAAGUUUCAAAUUCCAAUCAUGAAUGGUACAGCAAUUGACGACGGGUCAACGAUUGACAGACGACCAAUAAUUACAUGCGCUGGCGAAUUGGAAGUGUUUUCAACGAUUGAAGACAACCUGUCUCAAGCCCUGCCCCAGGAUUCUUGCGAGUGGCGGCGGUCUCUAGGCCGCCCUGUGAGGUCGGUGCACAUUGGGGCCAAUUUCACCCCCUACAGUGCCGCGGCGCUGCCCAAGGGGGGGCAGUGGGACUUGAUCAGACACCCUUUGUUCCACAUUUAUUGGACGGAAUGCACGGACGUUGAUUUGUACAAAAAUACAGUCAGGGAUGAUAUUGAAAAUUGGUUAAAAGAGUUGCAGUCGCGGGAUAUUUCGGAUUUUUUGGUUGUUGUAGUGGAAAAUUACGAUGGAAAACGUACUAAUAAGCUGUUACCCAGGACCACUGUUUUGGAUAAAAUUCGGACCGACUUUGCUCCUAAACAAGGUGAUCGGUGCAUAUCUGUGAUAAAUCCAGGCAAAGUUGAGGCCCGCUCAGCUGACUCCUGGCGGGGUUUAGUGAGUCGCAUUCGCCACUUGUUAUUAGUGGCGUAUGCACGCGCUGUGUCUCGUCUUGAGCACCAUGUGAGGCAACAACGAGAACGUAGGAACGAAAUUGGUUGGAAUUUUAUGCAAUAUUUUCACCUCCAAGAGGAAUUGGCUCACGUUUUAGAAAUGCUAGGCGUUCACGAGGAAGCUUUAGUGCAAUACGACGAAUUAGAUGCUCUCUUUUCUCAAUUUGUAGUAAACGGUAUUACCGGGGAGUCGAUAAAUUGGCUUGUCGAUUUCCAAAAGCCUCUAGAACAGUGGCAUGGGCUUAAAAUCAAUAACUCAACGAUGCUCUCUGAAAGUCCAUCUCUGUUAGAAUUAAGAGCAUAUUUGUUUGCUAAACAGGCUCAAAUGUUACUAAAGGCAAAUAAAGUGUGGGAGAUGGCUUCAAGAUGUUUACCUUUUCUUCACUUAACCAUAAGGGAAAUUACCGUUUUAGAAAUAAAUUCGCCGCCUGGAGCGGUUUCUUGUUGGUUGUUUUUGGCCUGUGUGGAGGUUUUACAGGUUUGUGACAAGUACAAUAAUGCCGACGCUGUUGAAGACUAUUCGUUGCAUACGGCCUGUUUGUGGGCCUACGCGAGUGAAAAGUUGCGUGAUUUGGGCGAAUUGUGCGGCCUAAUGCCCGGCGGUGCCCCCUCCUCCGAGCAACUGCACACCGUCGUGGGCCUAUCAGCUGGAAUGGGUGACAAUCCUGGAGCUCCUGACAGCCCCUCACCCACCGACAAACUCAAAGAAGCAUUAUGUUCGCAGGAAGCUUUCAAAAAAACUUACUUAGAGUUGGCAGAAUUGGCAAUGUGUACGUACAAACACAUCGGGCGUCUCCGUUCUGCCCGUCUCGUGGGUCGCGAAGUGGCUUCGUUUUACCUUCUUUUGGGGGAAACCCAAACCGCUGCCGCUUUCCUCAGCGACGCUGUUCGAACUUUCGAACAAGAUAAAUGGCACGAAUUGGCCGCUCAAACCCAAAUCGAGCUCGCCGAAUGUCAUCGAAAGGCUGGAGAUGUGAAAAAAUUUAUCAAAACGAGUGCUAGUGUGGCUGCUGCUUUGGAAAUCGAUACUCUAAUCCGUUGGAGCUACUUUGACGAAAUGAGGAAGUGUCUUCAAUCACUUGAGAAACCCUUAGUAGUGCCUUUCAACGAUAUUAUCAAAAUUACGAGCGUUGCGUUGAAAAACGAAGCGGUUAUUUUACAAGACAGCACUAUAAAUGUCGAAAUUGUGAUCGAGUCGAAUUUUCCGCGAGAGAUUUUAUGCACAAAUGUUCAAUUAUCGAUGGAAAUGGACACGAAAGAGGGACGAAAAAACGAAAAGUACAGUAAAAGUCGGAUUUUGACGGGUAAAGAUUUGAAACCGCGCGAUCCUCUACUCCAAAGACUCCAAAUUUAUCGACAUUUGGACCUAAAACAGGAUAAAACGUUGGCGAGUGCGAGUGUUGUUUGUAAACAUCCGGAGCAUAAGAGGAAGGAUAGUGCGGCAGCGCCUCCCAAGAGUGAUUUCCAUUGCUGCCUCCAAGUCAUUAAUCUUCCGUUGGUGGUAACACCCGGAGUGAAUGUGAUAAGACUGAGUAAAGAAGCGACGAACGUCGGGAAAUACUACUUGGGUCAAAUGGCUAUUUUUAUGAAAAAUCUUCACUUGAUUUCGCAAUUGUUGUCACCACGAGUAGCUUUCGAAGUAAAAGAGGAGGCUCCUGUCGUGAGGCUACACAAAACCGAUGCUCCGUUGUUGUCAGGGUUUGAGCAAAUCAUGAAUCUGAUUAUUACGAUCGGAAGUUAUACAGUUGAACCAAAGUCUAGAAUAAAACUAACGGCUUCUCGGGGUUUAAGUUUCCAAACGCACCCCAGUGAGCCCCUAACCACAAAUUUAGAGAUUGAACUCGGUGAAAGGCCCCCUUUUAGCAGUACUCGAACACCAUUGCGAGUACUCGCCGACCUUUUAUCAAAAGACCAUCAAGUAUCCAUUAGCUGUCCUUGGACUUCUAAACCAAUCGUCGUAAAGUUGAGUUUUACGCCGCCUUUGACGACAAUCUGGCGAUUAAAUACAGUACAACACCGGAAAUUUGUCCAAAUCAAUGUUGCAGGACAAUGCGAAAAAGACAUAUACGUAGAAAAACCUCAACUAAAUGUGGGGGAUUUUUGUAAGAUUAUUGAUAAAAAUCAUAGUUCUAGUCAUAUAAUUCCUCAUGGGGUCAGUUUGUCGUACAUGUGGGAACUCCUAUUAACACCAAAUGCGCAAGCACCGGCGAUUAAAGGCGAAUUUUCGCUAAUGUACAGUUUUGAUGAAAGCGACGACAGUAAAGUUUACAAAUAUUAUUUUGAUAUUACAGAUUAUCAGACCCUCUAUAUUCUAGAGGCUAGCGUAGAACCGACUAAAGGUAGUGAAUUUUGCCGCGACGGCGCCCUCUGUCAUCUCCAUCUAAAAAUAACAAGUGUGUGUCACUCACUCGAACAAAACAACGUCUCAAAGUCAGUAAUGUACGAAGUUUUGGCCGAACAAAGCGUUUGGGCCGUUUGUGGCCGAACAGCAGGAGUCGUGUGUUUCGAUUCCGACUCGGAACCCCAAAGUGUGGUUCUAGACGUAAUGCCUUUAACAAGUGGGCAUUUGCCGUUACCACUGGUCCGAAUUUCGAAAUAUAUCCCAGCGGAGACUUCCGAUAAGUCAGGAAAGGUCGAUAGUCAUCCCAGGUUGGAGCCGUUCAGUCCGGGGCAAGUCUACAACAACAGCAAAGGCAAACAAGUGCAUGUUAUUGCAGCCGUUAGCGAUGGGCACGUGACGUAGUUAGAUUUUUAUUUUGACUGAUUUUUGUGCCAAUUUUCAUUUCCUUGCCUUGAUUUUGGCUCAAAUUCGUGCAGUAUGUUCAAAGUUAUGAAUACAUGUAAUUGGGUAGGAUUUAUUUUUUUAUGUAAUUAUUUUUUGUUUACAUGUAUAUUAUUGGUGUAAAUAUUUAUCUUUAUUUGUAAGGAAUAAACGUAUAUUUAUUAUUUGUUAA